AGCAAACACAUAGCCGGAGGAUUAAUUGCAGUCUUGCCAUUAGGCACACAGAAUUCAAAGAAAUUCUUGAAAAAAAAUUAUAUUAAUACAGUGAUACUAAGAUGUCGGACCCAGCAACUGUUCCGAGUUCUGAUCACAUCGAUCUCGUUAACAGAGAUCCCACUAAUAUUUACCAUUAUUUAACGGUGGACUUUGAAGAAAUCUUCGCCGAGCCCGAUGGAACUCACAGCAUUGACUGCGUCUGGACCAACUCUUACAAGUGCUUCACUUGUGGCAAAAAUCUCUGCUACAAGAUCCUCACUCUUCUCUGCGGCAUCUUUGUCGCCCUCUGCUGGGGCUGCGAGUUCGCUGGCAUCGCCUUCAGCCACAUCUGGCACUAUACCCCGAUGUACAAGGCUUGCGAAAUCAACUUGGGCUGCUUCAAGAAGUUCUAUUCCACUUGCAUCCACUGUCUGUGUGACCCGAUGUGUGAAGCCUGCAGCUUGUUCUUUACGGCCUUCAAGAAAUGAUGAAAGAAACAUGCGACGUCACAUGCUCUUCUAGCGGCAGAAUUCCAGUCGGGAGAUUCAAGUAUGCUGUGACAAGUACAUAAGCGGCCCUCUUUCAUAUUCAGACUGGACUUGGACAGUGGAAAAUUAAACAAAAUAAUUUUGGAAUUGCGAUUAUGUUAUCGAGAGCGUUCCUUCGAAAACAACCAAAUGGAUC